AAGAAAAAAGUAGAGCAAGCGGAGGAUAGAGCUAGAGGCCCUGAAUAGUUUGCAGUUCACAUUGCUGGGAUGUUUUAGCAGGAGGCAGGCAGCGUUCUAUUGUGUGCAGCCUGAAGAGUGGCAGCAAAAACAAGCAGAAGAGAGAAGAGCAUGCCAGUCCUCUCCCGGGGAAGGAGUUAGGAAAGUUGUCGGGGGACGGGCUCCUCGUGUGACUGCCACAUACUGCCGGACCAUGACUGCUGGAGCUGGCCCGUGAGCAGGGACUAUGGGCAACGGUAUGUGCUCCAGAAGACAGAAGAGGAUCUUCCAGGCUCUCGCCUUCCUAGCGGUAACAUUCGCCUUCGUCUAUGGAGCUCUACUGAACUAUGAGCUGCAGAAGCAGCUGAAGAAAGCCGAGACUCUGGCACUCAAGUACCAGCAGCACCAGGAGUCCCUGUCCGCACAGCUCCAAGUGGUCUAUGAGCACAGAUCACGGCUAGAAAAAUCUUUACAAAAGGAAAGACUUGAACUGAAAAAAGCAAGAGAAGAUCAUCUUGUUUAUAAACUUGAAGCCCAAGAAACACUGAAUAAAGGAAGACAAGACUCAAAUACUAGAUACAAUGCACUCAGUGUACAGCAUCAAAUGUUAAAGAGUCAACAUGAGGAACUAAGGAAGAAGCACACAGAUCUGCAAACAGAACAUGAGAAACUAGGAGAGGAUUUAACACAAUCCUUUAGUCAACAUAAAGAGAAAUAUUUACAGCUGCAGCAGGAUAAAGAACAAGAAGUAUCAAAGCUAAAAGAAAGCGUAUACAACCUGAGAGAAGAGAAUAGGCAGCUAAGAAAGGCACACCAAGAUGUCCACACUCAGCUGCAGGAUGUCAAGCAACAGCAUAAGAGCUUGCUCUCUGAACAUGAACAAGUUGUAAUGAGCUUGGACAACCACAAGAGUGCGCUGGCUGCCGCACAGAACCAAGUGGAAGAAUUUAUGCAACUUAAAAAUGCUUUGAAUAAAGUUCCAAGCCUUCGACAGUCAGAAAAAAGCACACAAACCACAAUCCCUAGAGUGGUACCAUCAGUCUCCUCCAUACAAGGACAUUUAGCAGUACAGGAAUCUGCAGUACAUAGUAAACUCAUACAGACAAAUAUCCAGACCCAACAGGAGCAUGAAAAAAUCACACAUAGUAAGGAUGUUAAUGAAGAGGCUGAACACCAGGACACAGAAAGGCCUGAACUUCAUAAGGGACAGGAGGACAAUGGGCCACCAGAGGAAACUGGACCAGCUACUGAGCAUCCUGAGGAGGUAGAAGAAGAGCAUAAAAAAGAGCUAGAAGAGGAAGAGAUGGAACAGGUAGGGAAGCCAGAAAGAUUGGUGGAAGAACAGGAUCAAGUUCAGGAAGAGCAGGAGCAGCACAGCGAAUUGAAAGAUGAGCACAGAGGAGCAGCAAAUGAUGAAGAAGAAAGAGAGGAAGACACUAACAUGUUGCAAGAACAUGAAAAGAGGGAUCAAACUAUAAAACCUGAACUCAGGUUUAAAUCUGCCUAUGAGGAGCGAAUAGAGCAGCAAAAGUUAGUAGCGCAACAAGAAGCGCAGUCCAGAUAUCUGAAAGAGCAUCAGGACCUACUGCACCAACACAUGCUGCAGCAGCAGCAGAUGCAUAAUAAUGACUUUGAUGUGGAGAGGCAAAACAAGCUGAAAGAGAUCACAAAGAGGGAGCAUGAACAAUAUGAGAACGAAGAUCAUGAUAUUGUUCAAGGAGAAGAAGAGGAACAUCUUCAGGAAGAAGGUGGAGCAUAUGAAAGAGAGAAUCAUCAAGAUGAAGCUGAAGAAGCAGAAAAUAAUGCUAAGAAUGCAAACGAGGAAGGAGCUAUAGAUCAGCAGCCUGCAAGCAGAGAACGGCAAGAUGCUGCCGGAGACGAUGUGAACCCUGCAGAUGAUCCCAAUAACCAAGGGGAAGAUGAAUUUGAAGAGGCAGAACAAGAGCGAGAGGAGAACCUGCCAGAUGAGAACGAGGAGCAAAAACAGCAACAAGACCAGGCUGAGAAACAAGAGCAUUUAGUGAUGGCUGGGAAUCCUGACCAGCAAGAGGAUAAUGUUGAUGAACAAUACCAGGAGGAAGGAGAAGAAGAGGUACAGGAAGAUCUCACAGAGGAGAAAAAGAGAGAACAAAAUGGAGAAGAACCAUAUGGUGAAAAUGAAGAAAAUGUUAUGGGUAAGCGGAUAGGAGCAGAAAGGCAGCAUGAAUCUAUGCAAGAGCCAAAAGAAAAUCAUGAAGACAACUAUGAAGAAGAAGAAGAGGAGGAGGAAGAUGGAGGCGGCGGGGCAAAAAAACGGCGAGCGGAGAUGUGAUGUUGUUUACCCCCCCACGACCAUAUAUGUUCCUUAACAAAUUCCAAGCUGGCCUUUUUCUAUCAUGUUCCUUUUGUACUUUUGUGCAUAUGAGAAACUUUUAUAAAAAAUUGUAUUUUAUUACAUAAUGCUUUUUAUUAACAUUAGGCUUUAUCUAAUAUUUCUGAAUGACGAGGCUACCAAAGCCAGUCAUUAGUAAACUUUUCUUUUAUAAUUAAAAAGUGAAAAUCUGUAGGGGAUUAAGGUCUCCUAUGAGUUACAAUGCAGUAUAUGGUAGUACCAAGUAUUGCCAUACUUUUGAUACUGUAGUUACAAGAACCCUUUUAUUAGGGCAGUAGUUUCAAUUAUUGUGCCUUAUGUCUCUUAUUAUAAGAGGAAGUUCAGGCAUUCACCUUGUAUAUUUAUUGUUUGUAAUAUAUCCAACAUUCAAGGUCAUUUUGGAAUAAUUUCCUUGUUUCUUGUAUUAUGCAAUGAUAAUAUGAAAUAAUCCUUAAGGGGUGUGAAGGUCGUCAACAGGAAUAACUUUGUUAAAUAUUAUGUAAACCUAAUGCAGAAUAGUAAUGUAAUGUGUCAUCGCAUAUCCUUAGGGCCCUUCUGCAGUGCAAAUAGCAUUUUAUGCUGAAAAGCAGAUCACUCUCUGCAAGGUUCAGGCAAUGUUAUUGUAUUCUAACUAUACUUUCUCCUCUCCUCAAGGUAAAAUAUAAUCUUAUAUUAAUUUACUUUUUCUGGAAACCCUCGCCAUGUAUGACCAUUUUAUGAGGGUUUCUUUCUUUUGCACAGGAGGUUUUUAUUGCCUUGAGGUCUCUUAUGUGGUUUUUAUACCUUUUAACAUUUGAUACGUCAAGUUUUAAAUAUUUCUGUCUAUGUGAUGCGGUGAGGAUGAGCUACAGAGUGCAGCUCUUUGAGGUACACAGUGUCACUGAUACUUCUUGCUGCUUCAUGCUUUCUUCUUUCUGAAUUAUAUGGGGAGAAUGAGCCGCACAAGGCAGAGUUUUGAGGUGAAAAGAGAGUCAUUGACACAACUUGCUGCCUCGUGUCUGCUGUUCUUCCAUGUAUGUGAGUAGAAUGAACCACAAAAGGCAGCUUUUUCAAAGUGCAUAUGGAGUCGCUGACACUUCUUUCUGCCUCACGUCUCUUCCUCCUCAUCUUAAGUAUAUGGGAACAAUGAAGCACAGAAGUGAUAUAUUCUAGAUGCUGAAAGAUUAACUUCUAUUCAUGCCAGUUUCACUCCUAAGUAUAUAGGUAUGAUGGACAUGGUGGGCUGUGACUGUUGUUUUUUUUUUCGCUGUCUUAGCAAACACUGAUGGAAGGAGUUGACUUCAGCAGUCUGUGUUAUUAGCAGCCUGUCUCUGCUCAUUAUUACUGGAAGAAAGGCAGCUGGGAAGUUCAUAUUUUAGUUUUAAAGUAGAGGAGUAAUAUGCAGCAAGUAAUGGUCCUUUCCACUUUGCAGCUUUCCCAAUACUGACAAUAUAUGUCUCUUAUAGGGUGAGGAAUAGCAUGAGAUUUCCUUUCCUGUUACAGUGUUCCGGUCCAACACCUAAUCAAUACGCCAAGCAGUGCCACAUAACCUGGGGAGUGACAUAAUCGCUCAUCUGCUUUGUCCACACAGCUAAUUCUAAUGCAGGCUGCGUAGGAGGAAGGGGAAAAUCACAAAAUUGCUACUAAAGGGAAGGAGGGGCUUCCUACUGCUUUUCCAGAGACACAUUAAUUUUGCAAAGUGACCAAGUCUUCCUAGUUAUAUGUCAAAUAGGACAAUUCAUAUAAAGUCUGUACAUGUACUGCUGUAUCACACAUUUCAUUGAGCCUGCCGUCUGAACUACAUAGGUUACAAAAGGUAUCAGGAAUCACUGUUAACAGACCGCAAGGUACCAUGGGAAAUGUAGUCCUUUGAAAUUGAAAGUAAACAGCAGAUGAGAAGCAGAAAAGCAUGCAGGGAAUACAGGGAGUUGUGAAAAAAGAUGGCAAGCAGAAAGGCAGCACUCACAAAAUGAAAGUAUUUUUUUUAGUAAGCUUACUUAGGAUUACAGAAAAUAACUAUUGUUUGUAUUCCUGAUACACAAUUAUGUUGUUCUAAAAUGAAAGUAAAUGUUGUGGCUAUAUGUCUCCUUUAAAUGUUGUUGCCACCAAAAUAUGACUGCAUGUAAUGCCUUCGCGUUCAGAAAAGCAGUUCCACCGAUCUGAGGUAGAAAAUAGUGUUUAACAAUAUCUUGUCUUUCUCCUAGGCCCUAUACACAGAGUAUACAAAAUCUCUGACAUGUCCAACUUUUGGGCUGCAAUUAAAUCAAACCGAUAGAGGCAUUGCAUACAUCAAUAAUACAUUCCCUCACUCUCUUCGUUCAGAGAUAAAUAAUUGCGGAUCCUGCACCUUCUUCACAAAUGGCUGAUCGCUUAGGACACAUUUCUAAAACCGUGAUUACUCUCUAUUAUAGUAAAUAUAAGUAAUAAACUGAACAUAUUGUUUGGCUCAUCAUGACAUCAGUGGUGCUAUGACUUUUAAUUUAAUGUUUAAGAUUUCAUAGAACAUGUUCUAUUUCUAAACUCUGAUGGAAUUCCUCAGAAAAAAAGUCUGAUGGGUCACACACACGGUCAGAAUUUCUGAUGAAAAAAGUCUGCCUGACUUUUUUCAUCGGAAAUGCACCAGUCUUAGUAAAUCUGCCCCACUGAUACUUAUUUUCUAAUAUCAGACUUGCCUGUUUAUAAUUCUCGAAAAUUUGAUAAAUUCAGAUAUUUAUUCAAUGCAAUCUGAUAAUAAAACUGCUAAAACUUAAA